UGAAGGAAGAGAGAGCCAAGAGUGAGAGGGACUGGGUGAGUGAGUGAGGCCACCCCACCGUCACCACACCGCUGCUGCAUGAAUGCCGUCUCUUCUUCCGUAUCCUUCUUAUUCUUAGUCGUCUUAUUCGUCUUCUAUCCACUUCUACUUCAUCUUCCCUUGUUAUUGUCGCUCUUCUGCCCCUCUUUUUCGCUUCUUCAGCUGCUCGCCCAGUCUUUCGCAACGAGAAUUCUUUGCGAAUUUUGGGGUAGCCAUGGCAUCCUCAGCAAUGCUCCAGAACAUUGCAGUUGCCUCCUCUGCGGCAACGAGCGUAGCUCGGUUCAGGAGCAUCGCGGCGGCACCUUCUAGCCAGCGCGUCGCUUUGGGUCAGAGCCAUCUUGGUAGUGCUAAGGUUUUUUUUACCCCUGCACGAAUUGGCUCACGCUCGAGCUCGCACCGUGCUGCCACGCAGGUAGUGGCUUUGAAGGACCCCUCUUCACAAGAUAAUCUGAAGAGAGCAGUUGCGAAGAAAGCUAUUGAGCUGGUGAAGUCGGGAAUGGUGGUAGGGCUCGGUACUGGUAGCACAUCCUCCAUGGCUAUCGAGGAGUUGGGCAACUUGAUCCAGGCGAACAAGUUAAAAGACAUCGUGGGCGUGGCCACUAGUUACCAGUCUAAGGUGCUUGCCCGCCAGUUCGGAGUGAAGACCGUCGACUUGAAUGACGUGAACCACAUCGACAUCGCCUUUGAUGGAGCGGAUGAGGUUGAUUCGGGCAUGAGCUUGAUCAAGGGAGGAGGCGCGGCUCACACCAUGGAGAAGGUGGUAGACUCUAUUGCGAAGGAAUGCGUGAUUCUUAUUGACGAAACUAAAGUUGUCAAGACGCUUGGUCUUUCAUUCCCCGUUCCAGUCGAGGUUCUGCCUUUCGCCCUUGCACCUGUUCUUCGUGCAUUGGCUGCUUUGGGAGGACAGCCCGAAAUCCGCACUGCUCUUCGAAAGGAUGGCCCAGUCAUCACGGAUCUGGGUAACAUGGUCGUCGAUGUGAGAUUCCCCGAAGGCGUGAAGGACCCUGCUGAAAUGGAAACCAAGAUUAACAUGAUCCCUGGAGUUAUUGACAAUGGUCUUUUCAUCAACGUUGCACACAAAGUGUUGGUGGGUACAAAAGACGGCGACGAGACCUCAGUUGUAGAAUUCGCCGAGUUUGUAUCCAGCAUGAAGAGUUCCACAGAGGGAGUCUCAGCUUAAAGCACGAGCAAUCCACUAGUUCAAUGCGAUUGAAACUUUUGCCUAAUUAUACCCUUACACACGAUAGAGUAUUGUGAGUCUUAGUUGUGGUAUCUUACGACUCAUGGUGCCAUUCAUGAGCUCCCUCAUUUCUUUGGCGUUGUACUAAUAGCCAGUGAAGGGUCUGCAGUCAGCUUCGAGAGCUUCUAUCAAACUUAGCUCAAUUCUCUCAUAAGUAGACCCUUUUUUAGAUUUUGUGAAGAGCUCUGAGCAAGAUGGGGGGAAUGCCGCCAAUCAACUGCUCUACUUGUAGCAGUAAAUUGGACGACUUUCUACAUCCGGGAAAUCACGUAUCUGAUCAGAAGGCAUAGCAAUGUUGAGAGGGAGUAUUCGUUAAAUAAUCACAUUUGCUUGCUUCCUGUUUCGAAGUGGUCAAUUAA